UGCGAUCAUAAUGGAUAAAAAUCUUUUCUAAAAUAAGUAAAUCUGUGUGUGUUUUGUGUAAAGGAAUUGCGGAUCGUUCACGUUAACGCGAAAGUGUCACGGUGGCAUUAAUUUCAGUGAGCGAGCGUACAGCGAUGUAGCGCGCCGUUUCCUUAUCGAUUUUCUCUAUGCUGCAUUAAAUUACUAUUUAAAUUGUGAAUGCGGAUUGCAAAUACUUUAUUACUAUGCUUUACAUCAAUAUUUUUGCUAACGAAAUACGAUUUUAGGAUAGUGAUCGAUAAAUACACAAAAUAGGCGUGCUGUAAUAAUUUAUUCAUCUCGCCCAUGUUAUAACGGACGGCUCAUCUCAACGAAAUAGAAUCUCUAACCAAACGUGUGGUGUUAUGAGAUGAUAAAAUUGUAGAAAUAUAGCCAUAUGCCGCUGAUCGUGUCUCCAUUGUUUUGGGAAUGGUUCAACAUUUGGCUCGUUCAAUUUCUAAAAGAUUUAUACCAUGAAAUUAAAAUGGUUGCCUUAAGAGGAACUAACAGUUCAAUAAAUUCUUUGUCACAUUCGUGUAUCAAUCAUGGCAACCAGUCGCAGCCGACCGCGAUUGAUGUCGCUCAAAGUUUACAAACAUCGGUGAAUAUACCACAGUCGGCAGUGGCACAGCAUAUGAACGCAGGUCAAAUCAACCUGCCGAUAAACAAUGUGUCGGUGCAGUUCGUGCCGCAGCACACCAACCCCACCUCGUUGAAGCAUGAGCAGUCUGCGCGGUACUCAAACUCCAACUGCAUGAUGCCGUCGCACCACUAUCGGCUACUAACACAAACUAGACCGGUGGAUUGUUAUCAUCCGGCGGGCGCGACAGCGGCACCUUACCUGCAAAGUGGAGCAGGAGGCGCCCAGUCCUCCGGUCAGGCAGCGCUUCGAGUCCAGCAAAAUCCGCAACCAUCAGCACCGCCCGCGCCUCAGCAAGACCUGUCCAAGACGACCAUGGCCCAUAACUUCGUGGCUCAACCGAACCAGACACCACAAUCUCGGCCACAAUACAACUUUCAGUAUAGAACGGCACAACAUGGAACUAGGCAGACUACCCAUCCUCGGCAACAACAGCCGUUCAUACCCGGCGCAACAGCUGCCGCCACUGGCCCCGUCAUGUACAGCGCUUGCGUACCACCUUUGGUGUUCCAAUCUCACAUGGGUAUGCAGACGUAUCAACAACCUCGAUCAGGCAACCCUGGAUUUUAUCCAUAUAGCAUGGGACCCUACAUGAGUUAUAGUAAUCCGCCAAGUCACACAGCACCUUAUUUUUAUACGUCAAAUAGUCAACCCCUCCAGACACCAAACCUGCAACCAAAUGCGCCGGGCGGCCGAAGUAAUCCGAGCACGCCACUUGUGGGACCCCAGGGAACAACCCCGACCCCUAAUGCUCCAAAUUCUACCCUGCCGCACCCACAAGCACCCGCUCAUAUCCACCAAGCGAUGAGUGGUAUUCGGCCGUUAAUGCAAAAACGAAGUCACAGACUCCCUAUUAUUAAUCCAGUUACUCAGCAAGAUAUUUUCUCGGAAAUUAACUCUAACGAAAAUCAGUACCCAAGUGGUGACUCAAGCGGCAGACAAACUCCGCAAUCCGAACAUCCGACCCAUAGUGCUGCCGAAGAAUUUUCUAGAAGAGUUAAUGAGGUUAUAAACCAACCGAGUCCUGCUGAGAUAGCAGCGAAAGCUGCAAAAACCGCCGAGUUGCCUAAUGCUACGCACUCUACCUCGCUACCGCCUACUAAUGCAAUAUGUAUUAGUAAACCAGAGAAUAUACUUAUUAGUGAAAGUAAAAAUUUAGGACCCGAUGUUGCUGCAGAAUCUAUUGAAACUCCAGUUGUCUCAGCAAUAUCGGAUAGUCCUGUUAUAGUGCCUAAAAUGCCGAAUAAUAAGCAACUCCAAAAAAAUAGUGAUCAGCCCGUAGUAAUAGAAAGUAAUACUAGUAAGAAUCAACCUAUUAAGCAACAGAAACAAAACAAAAUCAAACCAGUUGUGCCUGAUGAUGUAGAGAGAGAAGUAACGGAAAAUAUAAGUCCAGAGACGAGUCAAGGCGUGCCAGCGGCUGCAAGUAUUGCACCUCCCGUGCCUGCGCCGGCGACGGUCAAUCCGUCCUCAGCUCCUAUCCCCACUCACGUCGCUGCGCAUGUGCAGUUGGCCCCCUCCUUCAAUACUCUGCACGCGCCCGCUCCACAGCCGCAAAGAAUACGAGAACACAGAUCCAGACUUAAGUCUGAAGAGAAAGAAAAGAUUAAGGAAACGCAAAAAGAAACGCACCCUGAAAUUGAAACUAGUGUGCCUGUUAAAGCCAAUGGUCCUACUUCAGCUGUUGUGAUUAGUUCAGUUGAUAGUUUACAAGAAGUUAUCAAUCCUCCAACUAGUCAAAACAAUCAAACAAUAGGAUCAUUAACUAAGAAACAACCUGUAACAAAGAUAUCAUCUCCUGCUCUCGAGAUUGAUGCUUCUAGUGUGGAAGCAAUUGCUGAACCAGUAAAUAAGGUAGUAGUUGUAACUUCGGAACCACCUCCCCUAACUGCUACAGAGUUGCUCUCAGCAAGCAUUGAGAAGCUUGCAAAAGAGCUGCCGGCAAGUCCAGAAAUAAUAGAGACCAGAGAAACGUCUAGUGUAAUACAAGCUCAAGCCAAAUUAACUCAGAGCAUAGCCAGCUGUAUUCGCACUAAUCAAGCUGACUCUAAGAUGAAAGAUAUUAAUCUUAACAACAAGUCUACUGAUGAUACCUGUGCUCAUGAUCUCUUCUGGCUGCAAUAUAAGCAUGGCAUUUGGCUACAAGAUCCAGACACUGCCAAUGGAAACACUACAGAAUUAACUAAAACUGACACAAAAGAGGAUAUAAAUAAAAAUGAGAAAGUUGUAAAGAACUCAAAGAAUAAUAAUAAAAAAUCUAACAAAAUGGCAACUAAUGAUGUGGCCAUAACUGAAUCAGAAUCAUAUGAAAACGGUAAAGAUGAGACUGAUAAAUUAAGUAAUGUAGAUCAAGAAAAUUUGAUUGAGAAGGAGGAGGCGGAGGACAAGUCUACUGCUGUUGAGACUGAGGUUCAGACCACUCCUGUAUUUGUGCCCAAAUACAAGUAUUCUGAUGAUCAAUGGUCGCCUCUAAAUAAAUCUGGCAAGAAGUGCUAUGAUAUUGGACUAUUGAAGCAAAUCAAAGAUGACCCUAUGUCUAAGAAUAAACCAAAUGUCCCAUUAUUGGAGGCCUGCAACAUAAUGAGGGCUGUACCCAUUCAGGACCCUCUGCCGUUUUCUACGAUUUCAAGGCCUAUGAAUGAUUCUUUGUUCCCAACUUUUGCCAAACCCUCUGGGAUGGGAUCAAGAAGUAACACUCAACGAGAUGCUAAAAAAGAUGGUAGGAACAUGGCAAUGGGAGGAAAGGGAAGUGUGAAACUGAAUUCCAGUCAAGGUGGAAACAGUGGUCAGCGAUCUAUACAUUUUGUGACUCUGUCACGUGAAGAGGUCAAGCUAAAUGAAGUGGAUUCAGCAUGGAAACCAUCCCGAUUUAGGAAAGAGAACCUGCCCGAAGAGGAUUGCAAGACCCAGGAAUUAUACAAGAAGUUCAGAGGAAUUCUGAAUAAGUUGACUCCACAAAAAUUCGAUACUUUGCUGGAUAAAGUAAAAACUCUUGAUAUAAACAAUCAGAAACGAUUGGAAGGUGUGAUUGAUCUUGUUUUUGAAAAGGCUAUUGAUGAACCUAAUUUCUCUGAGGCCUAUGCUGCUAUGUGUAAUAAGUUAUCUACAUUGAAGGUACCAGCUCAUAAUGCGAGUUCUCCUGAGCAAUGUGUCAAUUUUAGAGGAUUGAUUAUUAGCAAAUGCCAGGCUCAGUUUAUAGCUGAAAAGGUAGAUGAGCAAAUAUUAAAGUUAGAAAAGGAAAUCUCUGAAUGUACAGAUCCUGCGAAAAAGAAAGAACUUCAACUAAUGCUGGUAGAGGAGUAUAGAAGAGUCAGGAUGCGAUCUGUUGGAAAUGUUAGAUUUAUAGGUGAAUUGUACAAAUUGAAAAUGCUCACAGCAAAAAUCAUGGUUUAUUGUAUGAAUCAUUUGAUUGAAAAACUUGAGGAGGAGAAAUUGGAGUGUCUAUGCAAGUUGCUUACCACAAUUGGAGAACAAGUGGAGAGUGAAGUGAAAGACCAGCUUGAUAAUGUGUUCAAGAAAAUGCAGGACAUCAUUUCAGAUAGGAAAAAUAAUAAAAUCUCCAGCCGUGUUCGGUUUAUGAUUCAAGAUGUCAUAGAACUGAGAAGAAGAAAGUGGGUCAUCAAAAGUGUAGUAGACUCACAGCCUAAGAUGAUGGAUCAAAUCCAGAAAGAGGCUGAGCAACAACAGCGGCAUAUUGAGAUGAUGAAUGCUGUGCCUAUGGGAGGAGGUGGCGGAGGAUUCCGACGUGAUGAAGGUGGCCGUGGCAAGCGCGGUGAACGCAGACAGAAUUCAAAUUCCUUCCAAACAGAUACCAAUAUGUGGAAAUCAAAUUCUCGAUACACAGUUGAUACAUCCAAAUUAAUGAAAGCGGCUCCACAGAAGAACUUGAACAGCAUCAAAUUGGCCCCUCCUAGUUGGAAUCAUGGAGCUGCAGCUAAGAGUCAGACCCAGGCCACUAGCAGCUCUAUGAUUGGCAUGAAAAAUAUGUACAGUGUUUUAGAAAAUGUGCAAACUGAUCCUACUUCUCUGAGAGACAGCAAAGACUUGCCACUUAGUUACCAUUCCAAAGGUGCUUCUAUUGAGAGAUCCACAUUUAACUCGAGAGGUGACUUCAACAGCGGCAGUGGUAGUCGUUCGGGAUCCAUUGGAGUACCCAGGUCGAACUCGGGCAGCAGAAGCGUCAGCGCGGCGCCUCCUACCCCGCCACCUGUGCCUGAAGUCCCUACCGCCCAGCCUGCACCAGUUCCACAAGAACCUUUACCUGAACCCAAGAAAAAGUCUGUCCAUUCCAUGAUUGAACUUUCGCUCAUCAACCCCGAUGAGGACGAACUAGUAGCCGAAAUCAAGCAUCUAUUUGAGCCUCAAUAUCAUGCUGCAGUAGUUACUGAAAUAUUCAAUGUAGUUUUGGAAAAGCCAGCGAAAGAUGUAGCUACAAUCGCAAAAUCCCUCCUGUAUGCAAUGUCUGCUAAAGCUAUUUCUCCAGACAACUUCAUAGCGGGCGCCACAGAAAUAUUUGAAUUCGCGCCGGACUUAUAUAUUGAUAUUCCUAUGCUCUAUGAAUAUUUUGGAAAAUUUAUUGCACCCCUAAUAGAGAAGAAGCAUAUCACAUUUUUACAAGUAUUUAAAAUUUCAAAGACCAUUAUCAACGAAAAACAUGGUCAUUUAUUGCUCAAGGCAAUAAUCAAAAAUUUGAAAGACAGCAUGGGCCCUACAUUCGUUAAAAGCAAAUGGCAAGAAUCUGGGUUAAAAUUAAAACAAUGGAUGAGCGAGGAAGAGGUCACGACAUGGUUACAAGAUAAUAAAUUUGAAUUCCUAGAAGGCAGCGUAGUACCUAAUGAAGAAACAAAAGUAAUUCUGUCGCCUACUGAGGCUCAAAAGAAACUGCUACAAUUAAUGAAUUCUGAGGAAACUUGUGAUUGUAUAAAGGGAUGGGUACAAGACAAUCUAGGUAAAGCUUCAAAUGAGGAUUGGUUCAUGCGAGGUUUAAUCCAAGCUAUUUGCGAACAUGCUCUAUUUGGCGCCGAAGGGCGCGAAGUCACGCAUUUCAAUCAAGAGCGAAUGAAUAAAUACAUAGGACUUAUAAAUGAAUUUGGUGAAUCCAAACAAGCAAGAGAAGCAAGCUGUUUAUUCGGCAUUCAACAAUUGAUACAUAGGCUAGAACACCCACAAGGUUUAACAUUACAAAUUUUUGCAUAUUUACAUGAACAAUACAUAAUAUCAGUAGAAGGAUUUAUUGAGUGGGAGGAGUCGGACAAGGAACCGGAAGGCAAGGGUGUGAUGCUGAAGGCGCUGACGUCGUUCUUCACGAACCUGAAGGAGGCGGACAACGAGGACUCGUGCAGCGAGGAAUGACGCGGGCUUACCGCCGCGGCUGUGUUCCCGGCACCGCCUGACGCCUCCGCGCCACCCUCAUCCGCUUACAAUGUCUUCUAUAUUUUUAUAUAUUAGAAUCAUCCUACACGGAACUCAUAGAUUAUAUUAUUAUUAUUAUCGUAAUGCUUAACCUAACAGAAGCUAGAAAAAAGUUGUAUAAUAUUUUUGAAAGCGAUAGUUAUUUAUCGGAAAUCUAAAUUAAAUUUGCUUCAAUGAACUCCCGUUUUGUUUUAUGUGAAGAAUCUUUUGAUUGAUGAACAGAUCACUGUUCUUCCUUUAUUAUGUAAAUGGUACAGUUACAUUAUUUUUUCAUCACAACCUUUUUCUCCCUGCUAACGAUAAGUUAUAGUAAACGAAGAAAUGUAAACGAAGCUUGUGAGCAGCUGUAUUCUCUGUUUGCCAGAUCGGCAUUUUUUUCUUUUUCUGAUUGACUGUCUUUUUCCGUUGCACUUUUAGUUUUUGAUAAAUAGGCUGUCUCUUACAUCUGGAACUUGUGUUUUUUUUCUUGUAUAUUUAUUUGCGAUUAUGCUAUAUUGCAUUAUAUUAUUUUCGAUUGGUUCUAUUGAGAUAUGUCUAUUUUAUGUAUAAACAUUUCAUAUAUAGUUUAUUUUUAAUUUAUCUGGUGAUCAGAGAAUAUCAUCAGUGCGUACCAAAUUCUGAUGAAACAAUAAUAGCAAUAUUUAAAUGCCUCGAAGUAAUAAACGUACCUUCAUAAAAUAAAAUAUGAUAGAUGCUCUGGUGAAGAAAGCACCAAUAAGUUAAUGUAAGCCUUAAUCAUGUAUUAUAUUUUGGGUACCAGCAUUAUUAUUUAACAGAAAGUAGAAUACUUUGAUAUAACAAAUUUGAGUUCAAAGAAGAACGCUAAAUAUAUUUCAUAUUACGUAUAUCUCUUUGUUUUUGAUAUAGAGACAGUUAAUUUUGAACUGAUAAAGUAAUUAAAAUGUUAAAGUGUAUAAAUAAAAUAUAAAAAACCUAUAAAAAUACCAUAUUGUUAUGGAAAAUGUGCUUACGUUUGAUAUCUUUAUGUUGAAAGAUUCCUAAAUUCUUACAUCGUCUUUACAAAUACGUCCCUUUUUUUCUAGCCAUCAAUUUCUGGACGCACUCAAUGUUUCUUUACAUUUAACUUUUUGAUUUUAAUAGAUAUUUUAUUGUUUAGUUUUAAUUAUGCUAUUAUAGUAUCUCAGUUGGCAGUGACGAUUGUCUCAAAUCUGUCGUGAAGUAUAUGGCGGCGCGGGCCUCGCGGUCGUGGGUACAUGAGCCACGUUCUUUCGCGCUCGCGUCCUUCAAUUUAUAAUGUCCGCUGCUGAGGUUAUUUUAUUAUUAUUAUAGCUACUCUCGUCAGUUAUGUAUGUUAUGUAAAUAAACUUUUUAUGAAAAAAAAAAAA